CACACACUUCCUCCACACAGCAACACUUUGCUUGACUCUUUGACGCUCUCGGACAGAUUGUAAGCUAUAUGUUCAUACAAACCCUGCCAUUGAAGAUAGUAUGUUUGGUGUCUGAGACAGUGAAGGUGAUAGAAUGCAGAGCAUCAAGUGUGUGGUGGUAGGAGACGGUGCAGUGGGGAAGACCUGCCUCCUCAUCUCCUACACCACCAACGCCUUCCCCAAGGAGUACAUUCCCACUGUGUUUGACAACUACAGCGCCCAAGUGACUGUGGACAGCAGGACUAUUAGCCUCAACCUGUGGGACACAGCAGGCCAGGAGGAGUACGACCGUCUGCGCACCCUCUCCUACCCCCAGACCAACGUGUUCGUCAUCUGCUUCUCCAUCGCCAGCCCCCCCUCCUUUGAGAACGUCAAGCACAAGUGGCACCCAGAGGUCACCCACCACUGUCCCAAUACGCCCAUUCUGCUGGUGGGCACCAAGAAGGACCUGCGUAAUGACCCAGAGGUGUUGAAGAAGCUUAAGGAUCAGAACCAGACGACCAUCACCCAACAGCAAGGCAGCGCCCUGGCCAGGCAGAUCCAAGCCAUCAAGUACCUCGAAUGCUCUGCCCUCAACCAAGAUGGAAUCAAAGAGGUGUUCGCUGAGGGUGUGCGAGCUUUUCUCAACCCGCAACCUGUCGCCACUAGGAAACCCUGUGUGCUGCUGUAAAGGCGGUAGAGAUACUAUCGUACAGUGAGGGAAAAAAUUAUUUUAUCCCCUGCUGAUUUUGUACGUUUGCCCACUGACAAAGACAUGAU